GGACAUCAAUGACGGUGGGAGAAAGAAGAAAAAUGGAUUUCAAACCAUGCUUGAUAUAGUGGGGCUUGCGGCGAUAGUCCCUCGACGAAUGAUAAUCACUGGAUAUGACACGUCUUCCUGUUCCGAGAAAAUUGCACGACGAAGGAAAACGAAGCUUGGCACUCUUGCUCUAGCUUUUCAACAACGAUAUUUUUAUUGCUCUACUGUUACAACAGGCGCCUUUCUAUAAUUUGUUUCAUCCCAGUGUCUUCCUUUCUAUCUAUCAUUCUCGUUAGUCCAUUCUCCCCGAUGAAUAGAGUUGGUUGUUGUCUAACUUUUAGUUUGUAAUUCAUUGUGUGUUGUAGGACAAGACAGUUUUUCACCUCUUGUUGAGACGUAUUGAAUGAAUUUAUUCAAGUUAGUAGAAUAAGCCAUGUCAACUGCGAUGCGUCCUCCGGCGUUGCCGCCAAAGAAGUUGCGGCCGCCAACUACUGUUGACUCUCAAGAAGAGAAGAAACCAAGAAAUGCUGACGAAGCACUUCUAAGGGAGAAGGACGACAUUGUUCUGAAGGGUGCCACUACCACCUCCGCUGCAUCGUCAUCUUGCUCUAGUACAACAACAACGUCAUCGAAGAAGGCAACAUUGGAAAUCGAUGAAUCUCUUUUGUCGCUUUCACUUGCUGGUUCAAAAUCCCAGAUGCAGAUCGGGGGUUCAUCCAGCUCAACAUCUACUUCUUCGAAUAAACGUCGUCGAGCAAAGAUAAAGGGUGACCACGUGGAAGAGCAGGGUUCAGAAGAUUCUGAUGAGGUGGAAAAUGACGAGGACGACGACGAAUACGUCCCCUAUCAAAGCUUGAAAGAGCGUCGUAAACAGCGCACAGUGGAGUUGAACAAGCUGAGGCGAAAAGCCGAACUGGUCGAAGAUGAUGCGGAUGAAGCUGAGAAAUUCCUACAACAAAAACUCGAUAAACUCCUGAGCGAAAGGUCGACAGAACAGCAAUCUUUGCUCGCUCAGUCGGCUGAAAUGCGUAGGAAAGAAGAGGAGUCUCAGGUGGACAAGGAGGAAGCGAUGAUAAAAGAGAUUGAGGAGAACGAGAAGAAACUGAUGGUGCAGAUGGGCUACAAUGCGCCGUUGAGAAGUGCGAAGGAGAACGCCAAAGGCAUCGAAUACAACGCAUCCAUGCCCCCGAUUGGAGGGUGGCGACCUCUGCCGAAGCAUCGUGAAUUAAGCGAAGAAGAACGAACGAAAAUCAGGGAGACCUUCAUGAUGGAAUGUGCCGGAAGGGAUCUACCGCCACCAAUUAAGAAGUUCUCGGAUAUGCGCUUUCCUAGGGGGAUCUUGAACGCGUUGAAAGCCAAGGAGAUUGCCAGACCAACUCAGAUUCAGAUGCAGGGAUUGCCAGCGGCACUGAGCGGCAGAGACUUGAUCGGGAUAGCGUUUACUGGAAGCGGGAAGACGAUGGUACUUGCUAAUUUAAACUUUUUAUCAUUAUUUCUGCCUGCUCCUCUACAACUAGAUGCGGGCCCUCCGCUUCAGGUUCUACGUUGGAUCUCUCUCCACUCUCUUGUACUAGUGCUGCAGAUAAUCUUCACUUGUUUACGAUUUUUCUGUCCAACCUAAAAGAACUGCAAUCUUCGCCACAAUCUCUAUUUCAGGUCUUCGUUCUUCCUAUGUUAAUGCUCGCUAUGGACGUAGAAUUACGACAGCCAGUCCGCGAGAACGAAGGCCCCUUUGCCUUGAUGCUUGCUCCCUCUCGCGAAUUAGCGGUUCAGACAAACGAUAAUCUGCAGUUUCUGCUGAACCACCUUCACGAAGACCGCGAUUGCGAACUCUACAAGCGUAAUCGGCGUAUUAAGUCCGCUUUGGUGAUGGGUGGGCAACCCAUGAGUGCGCAGAUCCGGGAAGUGCGACGAGGUGUGCACUGCGUGAUCGCGACGCCUGGAAGGUUAAAUGGGUUGUUGACGGAGAGCAAGAUGCAUUUGAAGCAAUGCAGGUACCUAGCUAUGGACGAAGCUGACAGGAUGGUUGAUGCGACGUUUGAGGAGGAAGUCCGCAUAACACUGGACCACUUCACUGGGCAGCGACAAACUUUGCUGUUUUCCGCGACAAUGCCGAAGAAGAUUCAGGAUUUUGCAGCUUCUAUGCUGGUGAAUCCGGUUAUUGUGAACGUGGGACGGGCAGGAAGUGCAAACUUGGACAUCAUCCAAGAAGUGGAGUACGUGAAGCAGGAGGACAAGCACAAGAUGGUCUUGCAGUGCUUGAAGAAGACGCCUCCGCCAGUUCUAGUUUUCUGCGAUUCUAAGGGCGACGUGGAUGAUGUGCAGGAGUAUUUGCUUUUGAAGGGUGUGGACGCCGUUUCGAUUCACGGGGGCCUAGACCAGCACGAACGUUUGGAUGCAAUUAAUGGCUUCAAAGAUGGGAGCAAACACGUUUUGAUCGGCACAGACGUCGCUUCCAAGGGUCUGGACUUUCCGCACAUUCAGCAUGUUAUCAACUACGACAUGCCUAAGGAAAUCGAAAACUACAUUCACCGAAUCGGUCGAACGGGUCGCCGUGGACGCAGUGGAGUUGCAACCACCUUCAUCAACAAAAUCCAAUGCUCGGAUGGCAUCUUGCUGGAUUUGAAAGCAGUAUUAGAAGAAUCCAAACAGCACAUUCAUCCGGUCUUGCAGAAGAUCGUGCCUCCCCCUGGUCACGAAGUAGCGGAAAUUGGCGGAAUCAAAGGUUGUAUCUAUUGUGGUGGCUUGGGGCAUCGAGUUGCGGCAUGCCCAAAACUCGAAUCCGCGCAGAGGGAAACGACCAGAACGGAUGUGCUGGUCACGGGGUCGAGGCAUGGCAGAGAUGGGGGGUAUGUUGGGGACUGGUAG